UAACAUGAACACUGCUAUAGACCACCGGGUCACAAUGCAUGGUCUCACUCACAAUGUGUCUACACUGCUGUGUACGACACUACCAUUCAUGAGGUGACUAUUAAAGGCAGGGCUUCUUCAAGCCAGCUUUGCCUCUUACUCGCCCGUCAUGGAUCUACCUUUCGGUUUAACGACCUUCCAACUGAGCUUGCCCUCCUCAUCCUCAGGGACGCCGCGCAACCCACCUUUGACCAGACUGAAAAAUAUGAUAAGGCGUGCAGUGCUUCCCGAACUCCUACACACCAUAUUGCUACCGGAAUCUCGAAACAUGAGAGUGUUCGUGCAAGCUCUGCUUAUACAGGAGGCAUACAAGCAGGCAAGCAGCGAUCUCCACUUUGAUUAUGCACCCCAUGUGCAUAAGAUGUGGAUUGGAUCCGAUGGUGGCAAUCUCACACCAGCUGACUUGCUCGCCAAUCACCGGGAAUAUGCACUGCAACCGUCUGAGCGCCCGCUUGCCAUCAGUCUCCUAACUCUGGUGAUGUUCGCUGCAUCAUCACUUGCCCUCAGCUGUACAAGUGUAGACCUUCUUAUAGAAUGCUUGGAACACGCAUGGAAGUCCCGUCCGGUCAUACCCAUCAACGAAGAACAUUCCCAGCCUCCUUGGAACACCCAAACACUGACACUAUCGGAUCUGCUUUCCUUGCUUCAAUCUGUCACCUUUCAUCUAUCACAUACCUAUGCCGCGAUAACCCGCUGACAGUCUACCACUUGCCCAAGUGGAUGGGGACUGCUCCAUUGGUAUCUUUCAAGAGCCUUCAGACUGUCAUACUGCCGUACCCGUGUACCACACCCCCCAUCAGUAUACGAGCGCUGAGCACUACUGGAAUUAAUAUGCAGAUGCAUCUGCUGACGUUGCCCACAGCCCUGCUGAAGGACUCCAAGAAUGGCAUUCCCCAGGCAAUAAAGGCAUUCGAUGGUAUUAUUUGUCCUGGAGGGGAGGCUACUCGAUCGGAUGGAACCUG